AUGUUUGCGCUGUUCGCGCUCGCGACGACGGCCCGCGCCAGCAGCCUGUCGACGGCACGGCGGCAGGCGCGGCAGGCUCGGAGGCAGGCUCGGCUCGUCGACGCGCGCGCCUCCUCGCUCGAGCGCCGACUCCAGGAGCAGGGCACCGUCCUGGAGCGGCUUGAGGAGCGGACGGCAGACCUCGAGCGGGUCGCGGUCAAGGAGUUUGAGAUUCUGCACUACAAUGUGCUCUCCAACUACAGCGCCACCAACAUGCUGCCGUGGUUCUGCUACGGUUGCAACGUCACCGCCGCCGAGCGCGCCGAGAUGCACCGUCGCUUCUACGCCCCCGGCCCGACCGGCUUCAAGCGCGUGCGAGGCAAGGGCUGGCCGACGUGGGCGGAGGAGGUGCUAUCUCCGGAGCGACGAGCUGCCGUCGAGGCGUACGACGCCCUCCACUUCGGGUGGGAGCGGCGGUGCGAGCGGCUGAUCGCUGCGGUGUGCCGCCACCGCGUCGGCUGCCGCGAGCGGGCGCCCGACAUCCUCACCCUCGCCGAGUGCGACUGCUACGACGAGUUUUGGCGGGAGCGGCUGCUGCAGCGAGGGUACGCCUCCACGUGGCGGAAGCGGCCUCGCUCCUCGAUCGACGGGCGCUCCUCCACCUUCGAGCUGCUCGCGUCGGGAGGGUACGACUUUGGCUCCGCCCUCUCCCGCUCGCCGGACCGCACCUGCCACUUCGCCCUCCUCGCGUGGCGGCAACCUCGGACCACUUACCGGUGA